GGCGCGAAAGGGGGCGGAGGGUUAACAGGCGACCGGUGACACUUUCCCCCAAAUGUGCAGCUCGUCUCGGGGAGAAGUGAGCCGUGUUGCGCGCCCAGUACGACCGUCACUGCCAGCAUCAUUAUCCGGCCAGGCGACUGCUUGUUCGUGCGUCCCCCAUGAAGCCAACCAAGUAUCAGCGGGCAUUAGCGUCUGUAUCCCGAAGAGCGCCGGACUCCUUCCGCCGUGGCCCAGCAGCCCUGGAUGGGACUACUUGACGGGGAGACAAAUAAGUGUAAACUUUCAGCUUUUUGACUAUUUUUAACUCUUCUUUUUACUCUUUAACGUCCACGCCGGCCGACUUUUUGACGUCCCUCGGACUUUAUGGCUCCGUGCGCGGCCAGCAGCAGCAGCAGCGGCGGCAGCAGCGGGACUUCCAUCGGCCUUGACCCCCCGCUCUGAACCCUGAUCCGCGCCGCAAUUAAAACCACAUCCGUCUUCCUUUUCUUGGUUCUUUUCCCUCUCUCGGUCCCAAGUGUGGCGGAUAGCAUGGCAAUGGUAGUAAACCAGUGGCCAGAGAGCAUUUCCGCAGACCCGGGCUCGCAACACCAGAUUUGCGGCCAGGAGCCCGGAGGCGCCCCGGGGACUCCUAGCGGCUCGACGCCGGGCAACGAGGCUCUCUCCGGGGACAAGCUGCCCAACGUGGACUGCAUGGUGUGCGGGGACAAGUCGAGCGGGAAGCACUACGGCCAGUUCACCUGCGAGGGAUGCAAGAGCUUCUUCAAGCGCUCCGUCAGGCGGAACCUCAGCUACACCUGCCGGGGGAACCGCGACUGCCCCAUCGACCAGCACCACCGGAACCAGUGUCAGUACUGCCGCCUGAAGAAGUGCCUCAAAGUCGGCAUGAGGAGAGAAGCUGUGCAGCGAGGUCGCACGUCCAACUCCCAGAGCAGCCCGGGUCAGUACCUGAGCAACGGCGGCGACCCGUACAACAGCCAGCCGUACCUGUCGGGGUUCAUCUCCCUGCUGCUGCGGGCCGAGCCCUACCCCACGUCGCGCUACGGCGCCCAGUGCAUGCAGGGCAACAACCUGAUGGGCAUCGAGAACAUCUGCGAGCUGGCGGCCAGGCUGCUCUUCAGCGCCGUGGAGUGGGCCAAGAACAUCCCCUUCUUCCCCGACCUGCAGCUCAUGGAUCAGGUGGCGCUGCUGCGCAUGUCGUGGAGCGAGCUCUUCGUGCUGAACGCGGCGCAGUGCUCCAUGCCGCUGCACGUGGCGCCCCUGCUGGCGGCGGCGGGCCUGCACGCCUCGCCCAUGUCGGCGGAGCGCGUGGUGGCCUUCAUGGACCACAUCCGCGUCUUCCAGGAGCAGGUGGAGAAGCUGAAGGCGCUGCAGGUGGACACGGCCGAGUACUCCUGCCUCAAGUCCAUCGUGCUCUUCACCUCCGACGCCAUGGGCCUGUCGGACGUGGCGCACGUGGAGAGCAUCCAGGAGAAGUCGCAGUGCGCCCUGGAGGAGUACGUGCGCAACCAGUACCCCAGCCAGCCCAACCGCUUCGGGCGCCUGCUGCUGCGCCUGCCGUCGCUGCGCAUCGUGUCCUCGCCCGUCAUCGAGCAGCUCUUCUUCGUGCGGCUGGUGGGUAAGACGCCCAUCGAGACGCUGCUGCGAGACAUGCUGCUGUCGGGCUCCAGCUACAACUGGCCCUACAUGCCCGCCGUGCAGCGCGAGCGACCCAUCUCGCUGCACUACAACGAGAACGGGCCCUGAUCUGGCCCCGCCCCCUCUGAUGAACUUCUAGUGCGGGUCACCGGCGGGUCUGGACUGUCAGACGUAGAACCUAUGCAAGUCCUCGGUGCUGAGCCUCCACCUGUGCCAGUUUGAUAAACAAUACAGAGCCAGGGCUCUAUGGACACGCCCCCUUUUGAAAACCACAAGCCAUUAAAAAGACCCGCGCCAAAACGUCUUUUGGGACCUUUUCUUGUUUUAUUGUUCCUAUGAUUGUGUCCAUUUGUACAGUUGAUCACUUAUUGACUAUUAUAGAGCUCAGGUGGACUAGACGGGCCUGACAGCGACCGUGCCAAAGCCAAAUGUACCACCCGUCCUUUUGUUACAUACAGACUGACUGGUAUACACACAUAAUACACACUGACUGGUAUACACACAUAGUACAUACUGACUGGUAUACACACACAUAAUACACACUGACUGGUAUACACACAUAGUACACACUGACUGGUAUACACACAUAAUACACACUGACUGGUAUACACACAUAAUACACACUGACUGGUAUACACACAUAAUACACACUGACUGGUAUACACACAUAGUACACACUGACUGGUAUACACACAUAAUACACACUGACUGGUAUACACACAUAAUACACACUGACUGGUAUACACACACAUAAUACAUACUGGUAUACACACACAUAAUACACACUGACUGGUAUACACACAUAAUACAUACUGGUAUACACACAUAGUACAUACUGACUGGUAUACACACAUAAUACACACUGACUGGUAUACACACAUAAUACAUACUGACUGGUAUACACACAUAGUACACACUGACUGGUAUACACACAUAGUACACACUGACUGGUAUACACACAUAGUACAUACUGACUGGUAUACACACAUAAUACACACUGACUGGUAUACACACAUAGUACACACUGACUGGUAUACACACAUAGUACACACUGACUGGUAUACACACAUAGUACAUACUGACUGGUAUACACACAUAAUACAUACUGACUGGUAUACACACAUAAUACACACUGACCGGUAUACACACAUAAUACACACUGACUGGUAUACACACAUAAUACAUACUGGUAUACACACAUAAUACACACUGACUGGUAUACACACACAUAAUACAUACUGGUAUACACACACAUAAUACACACUGACUGGUAUACACACAUAAUACAUACUGACUGGUAUACACACAUAGUACAUACUGACUGGUAUACACACAUAAUACAC